AUGGUUCCCUUUAGAGGUGCCUCAAAUAGAUUUUAACAAAAUUAUGAAGCAUCAGUCAAUUACCAAGAAUCAAUGGAUUAAAUGAACAUUCCUCUUCACAAUGGUCAGAAUUAAGACCCAAACUCAAAUUAGUAGCCAAAUAUUCAUCAGAUGAUCUUGUAUCAGAACACUCACCAAGUAGUGACCAGAAAGAUAUCAGAUGACUUCAAUCAUGCGAAAUGGUCUCCAGAAGACGAGGAGAUUUCCCAACUCAAAGAUUGUGAGCUAGCAGAGGAACUAGCUGAUAAAUUGAAGUUUCAGACAGUAUCAAAGAAAUCCAAUCUGAAGAACCCCUUGAUUCUUUAAUUUACUGAUAACAAGACACCUCCGAUGAUGGUAACUUUCCUUGAAGAUCUCCAAGAUAUAAAUUCAAUCAGAUACAGGUAGGUCUAGAAACUUUAGCUUAAACAAGAGCUGAUGAAGAAAUUUAACUACAUUCCUUACGAGAGAUAUGCAGCUCUCUCUGCUCAAACUAUUUCAGAGUACUCCCACCAGAUAUUUCAUUGGGGAGCGAACGGAGUAUGUGCUAUUGGUCUUGAGCAGAUAGUUUAUCUCGUGAAACCUACUGAUCCAGAAAUGCCAGUCAAACAAAUAAUCUGUUGUAAUCCACCCAAUGUGGUCAAGAGUGUAAGAUGGAUGAAUCCUCAGGGAGAUCCAGACUCUCCAGAGUAUUGUUGUGUCCUAGCCAUAGCUACGGACGAAAGUAAAGGUUUCAUUCAAAUCUGGGAAACCAGACAAUUACAACUGCUAAGAACCAUAAACUCAACUUAGAGCAACUUCACCUCCCUCUCCUGGAAUCAUUAACUUCUGGCUUCUGUUUCAAUGGAAAGUUAGCUCGUGAUAAACUAUGUUAACUUAAGAAAUUCUGAGGUAGCUAAGUUGAAUAUUCCUAGCAUGGGUAUUAUCAAUCAUUGCAGUUUCUCUUAAGAUGGACUAUAUCUCUCUAUUUGCGGGAGAUUUGUGCAGAUUUAUCGAGUCUGUUUCAGUACAGAUCCUUGCGACUUUGACAAUAGUAUAACAUUAAAUAAGAUAUUUCAGUUUGACUAAAACAUUAGAGAGUCUAAUAUUCUGCAAGUGUCCUGGUCUUCUAGGACUCCAUAACUAUUCUCUUUUGCCAUUCAAAAGAACAAAUAUUACUCAAGCCAGAGACAAUAUCAAGAAUAAACUGGACAAGAUUAGUAUCAUGAGAUCCUGUUUUACAAUAUAGAAUCUGGCCAGUAAAUCACAAGUCUGAACAUUGAGAGCAGACCAACUACCCUGUAAUUUAGUAUGAAUCACUAUGGGACAAAUGCACAAUCCUAAAUGCUAUUUGCAGGCUUGGAAAAUGGUAAAGUAGCCAUUAUAAGAAUAAAGGGGGCACAAGCCAUGGUGACCUCCGUUGUCAACUACCUUGAAUUCCACGAGUCAAGUAUACUUCAUCUACAAGAAUCUCCAGAUGGCUGCUAUCUAGGAUCGAUAGCAUCAGAUUAGAUAUUUUUCUUAUGGAAACAUAUGCCUCUAAAUCCGGUUUCUUCAACUGGAUCAAAAUCGAUCAUGGAUUCUUUGUGUACACCUCGACAUCAUAGUAAAAAUAAUUACCCUAGUUAUAAUGGAAAAAGAUAGCAUGUUACAAAUUAGUAAGAAAACUCUGUUGGUUAAGGUUAUAAUUAGAGAAAACCUAGAGAUCAUUCAAUGGAAGACGCUGAAAUGAUCUCUUUUAGUAUGAAAAUGGAUUUGCCAAUGUUAAGAUGA